AUGCCUGAUUAUCGCAUUGAGGUCUCGCCAAACAACCGCGCCGGUUGCACCGAUGGCGUGUGCAAGAAGGCGGCCAGCAAGUGCCUGAAGGGCUCCCUCCGCUUCGGCACCUGGACCAAGAUUAUGGAUCAUGAGUCCUUCAAGUGGAAGCACUGGGGCUGUGUCUCUGGUGAGCAAAUGGCGCACGUCAGGGAGCUGUGUCAGAGUAAGGACGGCACCUUCGACUUUGAUGCGUUUGACGGCUACGACGAGAUGGGUGACCACCCUGACCUCCAGGCCAAGGUCCGCAAAGCUGUCGAGCAGGGCCACAUUGACCCCGAGGACUUCAACGGCGACCCCUGGAUGAACAAGCCCGGCCAGCGCGGCAUCCGUGGCAAGAAACCCAAGGACUGGGACGACGGCGAGGAGGCCGAGGAAGAAGAGGCUCCUGCCAAGGGCAAGAAGCGCGGCCGCAAGUCCACCGCUGCUGGUGAGGAGGAAGAGGACGACGACGAGAAACCCAAGGCGAAGCGUACUAAAAAGGCUGCUGCCAAGGCUGAGCCGGAGGACGACGACGAGAAGCCCAAGCCCAAGUCGAAGCGCGGCAAGGCCGCUGCCGCUGCGGCGAAGGCCGAGUCUGGAGAGGACGAGAAGCCGAAACCCAAGGCGAAGCGCGAAGCGCGAAAGCCCGCCGUCAAGGACGAGUCCGACUCUGCGGUGGAGCCAGAGGAUGAGGCCCCCAAGCCCCAGCGCAGCGCUGGGAAGAAGGCCGCUCCGAAGAAGGCCGCUCCGAAGAAGACCAAGGUCGAGGAGAGCGAGGAAGAGCCCGAGGCCGAAAUCACCCCCGACUCCGAAGCCGAGGAGGAGGAGGCACCCGCGCCGAAGAAGGGCAGGGCGGCGCCCAAGGGCGGCAAGAAGGCUGCCCCUGCUGCCGAGAAGCCCACGUCCACCCGUGCCAGCCGUUCCCGCAAGUAA